AUGUCUCGUAACCGUCUCAACAUCUCAAACCCGAAACCAUACACAUCCCCACGCCAGCAGCCGGCCCCGGAGCUUGAAUAUGACUACAGCGACAGCUACAGCUCGCAGGCUCCUGGGCCCGGAGAUGUCUUCCCUGGCAGCACGCCGGCAGGAUGGUCCGGCGCAGCAGGUGCAGCCGUCGGUGGCAGCGGGAACCGUGCAGGCCUCGGAGCUGGCUCGUCGUUGAGGUCAAACGGCACCGCGACGCAACCGGCCUUCAUGCCGCCCGUGUCCAGCACCUCGCCCUUGCGACCUGCACGCUCGCAGCGGCGGUCGCAGGUGCCAGCAGGUACCGGCGCGUCAAUGAGCACCUCCCCCGGCCAACUGGUCGUCGACCCAACAAUGCUCCAUAAUGGCGCAGUCUCCCUUGACAGCCCCGCCGGCAUGACCCCCAUCACGCCCACGUCGCCGACCGUUGCCUCAGGCGCAUUACCCGGAUCUAGUCCAGGGGGCGCCGACCCGUGGGCGGCCGAGCGCGCACUCCGCAGCCAGGCAAGACAGCAAAGUCACAACGCCGAGCAGGCAGCAGCGGCAGCACAUCGUGGUGUUGGGGCACCGAACGACGCGGUCCGCAGAGCUGUGGACGCGUUCAUGACUGGUUCCAAGCAUCGCGAGGAGCCGUCUGCACGCCGACCCCCAAGGCGUAAGCAGCAGGCAACACACGAUAACUGGGACGACCUCGGCAUGAACACUGGCGGCAAGUUUGCCGAGAUUGACUCUGUCAUGCUCCGAAUCCGCAAGGACUGGCCGUUCAUCAUGGAGGGUGAUUUCACCCCAGCAUCUCUAGCCCUGUCUCUCCUGUCGGCCCAGUCCCAACAGUCGCAAUCGUUGCCAGACCAUCCGGACCUUCAGUCGUUCAUGGCCAUUCACUCGGCCCUGUCGUCGAGCUUGCAAAAGGCCGUGCAGUCACAUUUCCAGACAUUCGCAGCGAGCCUGCCAACGCACGCCAACUUUGUGGCUGCGCUGGAACGCGCGCAGGCGCAGGUCAAGUCGUCGCGUGAGGCGCUCAAGACGGCCCGCGAUGGACUGAGCGACAAGGGCAAGGCCGAGCUUGCCAGUGUGCGCAUGCGCGAGAGGAUGGUCCGCGAGAUGCUCCAGAUCUUGGACUUGAUUGACGAGCUGAAGCAGGUGCCGGAGCAACUUGAGAGCUGUAUCGCGGACAAGCGCUUCCUCCAGGCCGCGUUGCUGCUUGUCCGCAGCAUCAAGACGUCCAACCGCGAGGACGUUCGUGAUAUUGGCGCCAUGUCCGAUCUCCGGCAGUACUUCCAGUCCCAGGAAGGCACUUUGACCGACAUUUUGGUGGAAGAAUUGCAUAACCAAAUCUAUCUCAAGACCUUUAACAACGAGACCCGCUGGCGCGCGUAUGUGCCGGGACAACAUGACCUCCCCGUCAUUGAAGACAUUGAGAAAACUGUAAACAAAGUGGCCGCACACCAGGCCGCCGUUGCCGACAAGGAGCCGGCGGUCGACACGACCCGCUUCUCCCGCUACAUUUCAUCACUGGCAGUCAAGCCCAACCACGAGCCAAUACUCAAUGAGCUCGCGGCACAGAGUGCCAAUGGACGAGGGUCUGCGGCUCAAAAGAACACGUCGUCAAUCGCUUCGUACGCAUCCGGCAACUCGGUGACCAUGACCGACAGCGGAAUGGGCGCCGGCGGUGUCGACUCGUUCUCGUACAUGGAGACAUUGUUGGAAGCGCUGGCAGCGUUGGGUCGCCUGGGGCAGGCACUGGAUACUCUUGUCCAGCGCGUGCCGACAGAAAUCCACACUCUCAUCGAGGCUACCAUGGAGGAGGUGGAGGAGCGCGCCGAGGAGCGCGCCGAAGACUGGAGCACCCAGAUGCGUCCGCCCAGCAUGUUGCUAGCGGGCAGCAAGGACCUCGAGAGGAUGCCCCUGUUUGACAACGAUACGCUUCGUGUCAUUGGCUCACUCAACGGCAGUGGUCCACCCAAGCACGCAAUCACCCUGCGUGACCUGCUGUGGACACUGUACUCGAAGCUCUCUGCCGUCAUGGAGGGUCACCGUGCAGUGUACGAGGUGGCGCGCUGGAUAGCUUCUAGGCGAGACUUCAAGGACACGUCCCGGACAGACUCCACGCUCAAUGUUCCCGUGGUUGAGAUUUGGCGUCCAGUGCAACUAGAAUUGCGCUCGCUGCUUCAGAUCUACCUGGCCGACGACACUCAGGGUUCGUCCUCGAUCCACAACUCUAUCCCGAGCGUCAACGAGGUGCUCCGCGAAGGCCGUCUUAUUCGUGACAAGCAGAGGGAGUUGUUUAAGUUUAGCGACUCGGACCCACGAGCGGUCAACAACGAGAUCAAGGAAAUUGACGAGGCGCUGAAGCAGACGCUGCGCGCAUCAGUCCCCGGCCUUAUCAACCUCCAGGCAGGCGAGAGUGUCAAUGUCAUCAGCGGCAGCGGGUCGGCAGACGAUCGCUACUCAGCGACACCCAACUACCGCACCCUCAUUCCCGCCAACCCCUUCAACGUCACCAUCCUCUUCGAGCCCACCAUCGCCUUCAUUGAGCGGGUGACAACCAUUGUGCCACCCGGGUUCGAGGAGGACAUGCCCCUGUUUGGGGCUGUCCUCGAAGAGUUUGUCGCCAACGUGUUCCUUCCGACAUUGGACGAAAAGGUUACCGCCUCGUUCCAGCACGCCGUUUCCGGAUACGAUGCGUUCCAGAUCGACCACCGCCCGUCGCUGCAGCUCGACAAGCCUCCUCUUAAGUCCAGUGUGCGCGUUAUGGCCCUCAUCCAGAGUCUAUGCGCUAUGCUGCAGGAGACACCGUUCCACCGCGAAAACUACAGCCGUCUCAUUGUUGGCGUUGUGGUGCAGUACUACCAGCAGCUCAAUGGCCGCUUCAAGGACCUUGUCAUGCUGCCUGCUGCUGAGGGAACAGCGCCUGCUUCAGCACUGCCGGCAACAUGGGCCCAACGUGAGGACCUGCAACCGGUCCUCAUCGAGGUUCGCAAGGUGCCUCCCAAGGACCAUCAGGCGACAGAACGCGUCGGACAGCGGGAGGUCAAGCUGGAGAUGGGCUUGCUCAACGGUGUGUCGCCGCGUGAGCCCCAGCUCAUCAACUCGAACCGCAAGCUGGAGUCGCUUGGUAACCUGGCCAACAGUAUCCGCUGGUUCAUGAGCGCUUUACUAGACUUGCAGCAGCUCGCCGACGAUGACACCCUCGACAACCCCCAGGCCAAGGUGUCCGAGCCUGGCGACUCGCCGCGCUUACCUCUGACCAAAGCCAUGUCUGAGCGCUUCGAGGCUAUCGUUCAGACGUAUGAGCAGCUCAUUGACAUGACGCUUAACACGCUGCACCUCGAAGUCCGCUGCCGCGUCCUUUGCAACCUCAAUGGAUCUUUACAGAGGACCGACAUGCGGCUCGAGAGCGAGACGCUUGAACCCGACCCGGAUGUCGUGGAUCUCAACACGACACUCAUGGACAUGGACACGAUUGCUUCGCGCACGCUGUGCGCCGAAGACCACGACUUCGUGUUCCGUGGCCUUGCCCAGCUCAUCGACCACGUCAUGGUGCACGCCGCGCGCAAGAUCAAGGCCAUGAAUGCCGCUGGUGCUCACAAGCUGCGCCGCAACGUCUUGUCGCUCCAGCAGACCCUGCGUGGUAUCCUGCAGACCGAUGCCGAGGGCAUGCUCAGCCGCGCGGCAGAGUACUGGGACCUGUUUGACAAGGGACCAAAGUACAUGCUGGAGAGCAUCCGCACGUCCAAGCCCCUGUUUUCGUUUGAAGAUUACAAUGCCUUGUUGACGUUGAUGUGCAAGAAGGACCCGGAGGACGACGCCAGCUCCGAGCUCAACACGUACCUCAUCGACCUGCAUGCAAUGGCCAUGAGUGUAGAGGGGUGGGAUGUGGAUGUUUAG